AUGGCUAAACCUCCGUCCUUCGGCUGCUGCUUCUUCCUCUUGUUCUUCUUCUUCUUCUCAUCCUCUUCCUUUGCCCUAACCGAUACAGAAGCUUCAUUCAUCGCGCAGCGACAGCUCUUGACAUUUCCAAAACACGGCGACUUUCCUAUUGAUAUUGAAUACGAGGUUGAUCUCAAGGUUACAUUCGCAAACACCAGGCUUAAGAGAGCUUACAUAGCUCUUCAGGCUUGGAAAAAAGCGAUAUUCUCGGACCCGUUCAACACCACAGGAAACUGGCAUGGCCCGCACGUGUGCGGCUACACCGGUGUGGUUUGUGCACCGGCUCUUGAUGACUCCGAGAUCACGGUUGUAGCCGGUGUUGACCUCAACGGAGCGGAUAUCGCAGGGCAUUUACCUGUUGAGCUUGGUUUGAUGACGGAUGUUGCUAUGUUCCAUUUGAAUUCGAACCGGUUUUGUGGGAUCAUUCCUAAAAGCUUUGAGAAGCUUACGCUGAUGCACGAGUUUGAUGUUAGCAAUAACCGUUUCGUUGGACCGUUCCCUUACGUCGCCCUCUCUUGGCCUGAUGUUAAAUAUUUCGACCUUAGGUUCAACGAUUUCGAAGGUGAAGUCCCUCAUGAGCUUUUCAAGAAAGAACUCGACGCCAUUUUCUUGAACAACAAUAGAUUCACCUCGGUGAUUCCCGACUCUCUUGGGGAAUCUCCGGCCUCGGUUGUGACUUUCGCUAACAAUAAAUUCACCGGAUGUAUCCCUAAAAGUAUCGGAAACAUGAAGAACCUCAACGAGAUUGUCUUUAUGGACAAUGGUUUGGGAGGUUGUUUCCCGUCCGAAAUCGGAAAGUUAUCGAAUGUAACGGUUUUUGAUGCGAGCAAGAACUCGUUCGUGGGUCGUCUACCGACUAGCUUUGUCGGGUUAACGGCAGUGGAGGAAUUCGAUAUCUCAGGGAAUAGACUCACCGGAUUAGUAGCGGAUAACAUUUGUGGUUUGCCUAAUUUGGUGAACUUCACUUAUUCCUACAAUUACUUCAAUGGACAAGGUGGUUCGUGUGUUCCAGGUACUGGCAAGGAGAUUGCAUUGGACGAUAUUCGUAAUUGCUUGCCUAAUCGACCUGAGCAACGAUCUGCCAAGGAAUGUGCGGCAGUGAUCAGCCGCCCGGUUGAUUGUAGCAAGGACAAAUGCGCUGGUGGUGGCGGUACUCCAUCGAGACCAUCUCCGGUUCACAAACCAUCGCCGGUUCACAAGCCAUCGCCGGUUCCAACUACGCCGGUACAUAAGCCAUCGCCGGUUCACAAGCCAUCGCCGGUUCCAACUAUGCCGGUUCACAAGCCAUCGCCGGUUCCAACUACGCCGGUUCACAAGCCAUCACCGGUUCCAUCUACGCCGGUUCACAAGCCAUCACCGGUUCCAUCUACGCCGGUUCACAAGCCAUCGCCUGUUCACAAACCUCAGACACCGAAAGAGUCACCGCAACCAGAUGAUCCUUAUGAUCAGUCUCCGGUGAAGAAACGACGCAGUCCUCCUCCUCCAGCUCCCGUGAACUCUCCACCUCCACCUCCUCCACUAGUGCACUCUCCACCACCACCUCCUCCACCAGUCCACUCUCCACCACCGCCGGUUCACUCUCCGCCACCGCCAGUCCACUCUCCCCCACCACCCGUCUUUUCACCACCACCUCCAAUCUACUCUCCACCACCGCCACCACCUGUACAUUCUCCGCCGCCACCAGUCCAUUCACCGCCGCCACCUGUCCACUCGCCACCACCACCACCAGUUCACUCACCUCCGCCACCGGCCCACUCACCACCGCCACCGGCACCUAUUCACUCACCGCCGCCACCACCACCCGUGUUUUCUCCUCCAGCUCAUCCGCCAAAGUCCAGUUCACCACCACAAACACCAGUGCAACCGUCACCAUCGCCAACGGUCUUUUCUCCACCGCCGUCGCAAUCUCCACCAGUAGUCUACUCUCCUCCACCAAGACCGCCCAAGACCAACUCCCCACCACUCCAGUCACCACCGCCAGCUCCGGUGGAAAAGAAGCAGACGCCGUCGGCACAGGCACCAACUCCAAGUGACGAAUUCACCAUACCAACCUUUAUCGGUCACCAAUACGCAUCACCACCACCUCCAAUGUUCGCGGGCUACUAA